AUGCCCAAAGAACGGCCCUUGAAGCCUGUCAGCAGCAACCAAGAACCUCUGAGACGGGUUUUCAGUGUUGAUGAUGGCAUUCAGGAGAUAGAGGACGACAUACGCUACUUAGAGGGCUUACAAGAGGGUCUAAAAUUCGCAGCUGCUAAUCGAAAAACAUCUGGAAACGUUAAUACCCCGCCACCUAUCGCUACCAGGCCGAACUUAGUCAGUCAUAAGACUUCAGACCUCUCAAUAAUACAAGAUACGGAUCGCCUGGCAGGCGGCGAUGCCAGUACCGACGCCGCGCCAGGAGAUGAUGAAGAACGAGGCUCAGUUGCUUCCCGCGAGUCAUACACGCUUCGGGAGCGGCAGGAUGCUAUCAAUGAGACACACCCAUUUGGUAUUAGAAUCUGGAAACCUGCUUUGUAUAAAAAGCAUCGGUCGGUCCAGAGAGCUGCUGACGAAGACAUCCAUGAAACCAAAUACAAGCGGAUUUCUUGGAAAGUUCAUGUUGGAAAUAAUAUUUGGGCCGCAACAGUGGGAAUUUUUCUCCUGGCUUUCUUAAGCUCAUGCGGUCUUUUGGUCUGUUUGCUGGGGCUAUUUACGCAGCCCUCCGUUGAGUAUGCCUCUGUGUUGUUCAGGCUAGGUCAUUAUUUAUUUUGGCCGUUUGGAAAGGUUGUUUUGAUUAUCAGCGAUCAACAGUACCUUCACGAGGACCAGGAUGAAGGUAUCUCAGCGCAGCAGUUUUACAAUUGGGUCACAGGUCACCGCAACAGACUUUAUUUUCAUAAUUCGCAAGCAGGUUCCGGAAAUUACGGUUCUACAGGCAGCGAUAACAAUAACACUGAUAGACAUAGGCGUCUUUUUGGCAGAGGUGAGUGGUCAUUUGGACGGUUCUGGUUCUACUUAGUGUUUUAUGUCUUUGUUCAGCCAGUUUCGCUUUUGUUGGCUUUCUUGACAUGGCUCGGUGUGUUUACUAUUCCAAUGAGCAAUGUCUUAUGGAAUCUCAUGUACCACUGUCGCAGGCAUCCAUUGGCCUUGGAGUUCAAAACACUAAGACACAGCGUAAAUGGUAUCAAGGACAAAAACGUUUUACUCUGUACCUUCCGCUGCGCAGGAUCGCACUAUUAUAAAUACACGGUUGACGGAACUAACGUGAUUGUCAUGAACUUGGGUGCUAUUGUUGUCUUUACUAUCUUCCAGUUCUAUGUUCUACAGAACCACAUUUUCCCAAUGAAUGGGUCCCUCAUUUUUUGCUUGUGUCUGCUUUCCAUCAUUCCACUAGCAUUCUACAUUGGACAGGCAGUCGCCUCGAUCUCUGCUCAAACUUCAAUGGGCGUUGGAGCUGUUAUCAAUGCCUUUUUCUCAACAGUAGUUGAGGUCUUUCUUUACUGUGUGGCUUUGCAACAAGAAAAAGGCCUUCUGGUUGAAGGGUCUAUGAUCGGUUCUAUUUUGGGAGCUGUUCUCCUCCUGCCUGGUUUGAGUAUGUGUGGUGGUGCCAUCAAGAGAAAAACACAAAGAUAUAACCCAGCUAGCGCUGGCGUCUCGUCUGCAAUGUUGAUAUUUUCUAUGAUAGUCAUGUUUGUUCCAACCAUCAUUUUCCAAAUAUAUGGAGGGUAUCUAAUGGACUGUCCCCCCGAACACCAGGAGAAACCAUCAAGAUGUUACUUCCGCCAACCACCGCUGAAAUUCGAUGGGCUUUAUUCCCAUGUCAUCAAGCCCAUGUCAAUAUUUUGUGCGCUCAUUUUGUUUAUGGCAUACAUCAUAGGAUUGUGGUUCACGUUGCGCACUCAUGCCGCUGCUAUCUGGCAAGUGCCAGAGAAACAAUCACUAAAUGCUAGCAGCCAGUUAGGAUUCAUUCCUGAAGAAGAGGAAUCAGAAGGUGGCCACGAUGGUCCUAAUUGGUCACGUAAAAAGUCUACCUGCAUCCUACUUGGCGCCACUUUACUUUACGCGGUUAUAGCCGAGAUCUUAGUUGACUGUGUCGAUAACGUUUUGCAACAGUUUCCAUCCUUGGAUCCAAAAUUUUUGGGGCUCACUGUUUUUGCACUAGUGCCAAACUCCACAGAAUUUCUCAACGCUAUUUCUUUCGCCAUCCACGGCAAUGUUGCUCUCUCGAUGGAAAUUGGUACGGCCUACGCGCUACAAGUGUGUCUGUUACAGAUCCCGGCAUUGGUGGUUUUUUCAAUAAUAUACACCAUGAACUAUCCUAACGACAGUAUUGUGAUUAGAGAUCAGAUGUUUUCGCUUGUUUUUCCUCGUUGGGAUCUGCUGGCUUGUAUGGUGAGUGUGUUCCUUUUUACAUACCUCUACGCCGAAGGCAAGUCCAACUAUUUCAAGGGCUCGAUCUUGAUACUGCUGUACUGCGUCAUGACCUUAGGCUUCUACUUUCAAGGUGCAAUCGACAACAACAACUGGGACAACUGA